GAUCAAAUUUUGCAAUUUUACGGGUCCUAGCAUUAUUCACGUACUAUUCCCCAUGGCACCAACCAUAUCGAUAUUAUUGUCCCAUCUGAUUUGAUAGAUUGUCCAAUAUCAAUCAUCUUCCAAUAAAAGCUGUCAUCUCACUGGUUUGCCCAUUAUUGCUAAGUUUGCAAUGACAGACUCCUCCAACAAGAAGUUACAAGGCAAAGUAGCCAUAAUCACUGGUGGUGCAAGCGGCAUAGGCGAGGCUACGGCUCACCUUUUUGCCCAACAUGGUGCACGCAUGGUUGUGAUCGCCGAUAUCCAAGACCAAUUGGGUCACCAAGUAGCCAUAUCAAUUGGUAUAAACAAGUGCCAAUACGUGCACUGUGAUGUUUCUGAUGAAGACCAGGUCAAGAACAUGAUUGAAUCAACAGUCCAGAAACAUGGUCAGCUCGACAUCAUGUUCAGCAACGCUGGGAUUGUGAGUGGCUCUGAUCAGACAAUCCUCGAGCUCGACCUUUCAGGGUUCGACAAAGUGAUCAAAACCAACACGCGGGGCAUGGCUUUGUGUGUGAAACACGCGGCGCGUGUGAUGGUUGAGAGGCGCGUAAAGGGGAGCAUCUUAUGCACAGGAAGCAUAGCCGCUAGCAAAGGUACUCAGCUACUCACAGAUUAUUGUAUGGCAAAGCAUGCAGUGCUGGGUCUGGUUCGAUCAGCAAGUUUGCAGCUUGGGCAGCAUGGGAUUAGAGUGAACUGUGUAUCACCCUCUACGGUGGCUACACCAAUGUCAUGUGAUGCAUUAGGAAUGGAUGCAGAGCAAGUGGAGAAGAUUUUUGAGCCAACUUCAAGCUUAAAAGGGGUUGUGUUGAAGGUGAGAGAUGUUGCCAAUGCUGUGCUCUUUCUUGCAUCUGAAGAUUCUGGUUUUGUCACUGGACUUGACUUGAAGGUUGAUGGAGGCAACUUAGGGAGUCUGAACAAGCCCCAAUGAGUAUUGUUUUGAGAUGGAAAACAAAGGAUUCAAGUUUUAAUAAUAUUUUCUUGAACAAAAUAAGUUGAAGGAAAAGGUAUGUAUACCUUGUUUAAGUUCUGGGUGUAGGUUCUACUUUAUAUUUCACAAAUAUUGAAUACAAAUCAUAUGUUUUACUUUA